GGUUCUGCCUCCCAAUAUCCCACGUGAUUCUCCUCAGUAGUUCCCAGGCGGUCAGAUCGGAGAUCCGGAGACUAUGGAUCAGAGGGUUGGGUUGUUCGUUCUUUUGGCGGUGGGCCUCCUCUGCUUCAGCUUGGCCCCCGUCUCUCGGGCUGAGGACGUGGUUGAGGACAGUCUGGAUGACGACGUGGACGUGGAGGACGAGCUGGAUCUGGGUUUGGCCGGAGCUGAGGAGGAGGAGUUUGAGGGGGACGCGCAGGAUGAGGCCCCACCUGCUUCUAAAGCUCCUCCUACACCCAAGGUGACCUACAAGGCUCCAGAGCCAAUGGGCGAACACUUCUUUGCUGAGUCUUUUGACCGGGGGACACUUGACGGCUGGGUGCUGUCCAACGCCAAGAAGGACGACACCGACGAAGAGAUCGCAAAGUAUGAUGGUAAAUGGGCGGUGGAGGAGAUGAAGGACAGUAAGCUGCCCGGUGACAAAGGUCUGGUCCUGAAGUCCAGAGCCAAACAUCACGCCAUCUCAGCCCACCUGCUACGACCUUUCACCUUUGACACCAAACCCCUCAUCGUCCAGUACGAGGUGAACUUCCAGUCAGGUAUCGAUUGUGGCGGCGCCUACGUCAAGCUGCUGACUGAGACUCCUGAGCUCGACCUGGACCAGUUUGUGGAUAAAACUUCGUACACCAUCAUGUUUGGACCUGACAAAUGUGGAGAGGAUUACAAGCUGCACUUCAUCUUCAGACACAAAAACCCCAAAACUGGAGAGUACGAGGAGAAGCACGCCAAGAAACCCGACGCUGACCUGAGGACGUACUACACCGACAAGAAGACACACCUGUACACACUGGUGGUGAACCCUGACAACAGCUUUGAGAUUCUGGUGGAUCAGACGGUGGUGAACAGUGGAAACCUGCUGACAGACAUGACUCCCCCCGUAAACCCCCCCGCUGAGAUUGAGGACCCUGAUGACCACAAACCCGAGGACUGGGACGAGAGGCCUAAGAUCCAGGACCCAGACGCCGUCAAGCCAGAGGACUGGGAUGAGGAUGCUCCCGCUCAGAUCCCAGAUGAAGAUGCAGUCAAACCAGACGGCUGGUUGGACGAUGAGCCGGAGUACAUCGGAGAUCCUGACGCCGUCAAGCCUGAAGACUGGGAUGAGGACAUGGACGGUGAAUGGGAGGCUCCUCAGAUCCCUAACCCCGCCUGUGAGACGGCCCCCGGCUGUGGUACCUGGAAACGACCGAUGAUCGACAACCCCAACUACAAGGGCAAGUGGAAGCCCCCAAUGAUUGACAACCCCAAUUACCAGGGCGUCUGGAAGCCGAGGAAGAUCCCUAACCCCGCCUACUUUGAGGACCUGCAGCCGUUCAAGAUGACUCCGUUCAGCGCCGUGGGACUCGAGCUCUGGUCCAUGACCUCUGACAUCUUCUUCGACAACUUCUUCAUCACCAACGACCGCAACACGGCAGACCGCUGGGCCACCGAUGGCUGGGGGCUGAAGAAGGCAGCAGAGGGCGCCGCUGAGCCUGGUCUGGCAGCUCAGAUGCUGAGUGCUGCAGAGGAGCGUCCCUGGCUCUGGGUCGUGUACGUCCUCACCGUGGCUUUACCGCUGGUCCUCAUCAUCGUCUUCUGCUGCACCGGCAAGAAGAAGAGCGCAGCGACGCCGGCUGAGUACAAGAAGACAGACGAACCUCAGCCCGAUGUGGAGGAAGAGGAGGAGGCUGAAGAGGCGGAGAAGAGCAGUCCAGCUGCAGAAGAGAAGAGCGACGCAGAGGACAGUCCUGAGAAAGAGGACGAGGAAGAAGAGAAGGACGAGGAGAAAGAGGCCAUGGCAGAUGAGAAGCUGGAGGAGGACGUUCUGCGGAGAUCUCCCAGGAACAGGAAGGUCAGAAGGGACUGAUAUCUCUGAAGCCAAAGCGCUGACCUGAACACCUCCCCCCCUCUCUCCCCUAAAAUACCCCCCUCCCCCUGUCCUCCUCCUCCUCCUCCUCUUCUUCUGCUCCUCUGCUCCGAGGUGAUGAAGCCUAAAUGGAUCCCGUGGAAGCAGCGAAGCCGACAGGAAACGAAUCAAGACAUGGACGCCUGACGAUGACGAUGACGAAGAUGAUGAUGACAGUAUGAACAGGACUGAGUUAGUGAGAUUAAAGGAGAUUCACUAAGAUUAACUAAAACUUUAAAACUUCCUGCAUCAUUCCUUAAUAUCAAGACCAGACUCAGAGCCCACGAGACCAACAUCUGCCCUGCCAGUCGAACCUCCUGUCUCCACCCUGAGCUAGCAAGUGCCCCGCUCUGCCAACAGCCUGUUAAACACCUGGUUAACAGGCAUUAGCCUAACAAGACCCUGCUUGGGCUACUAACAGGCUCUUAAUUAACCUACCAGCGUUCAGAUUAUAGGACAUAACCUGUCAGGAUUGUCCUGAAAAUGAUGAGGAAAUAAACUUGAGAUAAGUCUAGAUACAGUGAGGUGAGGUCUGCCAGACAGGCCUGUUAAACAGCCAGUAAACAUUAGGCCAGCACCAUGGAUUAUCCUACAGUUAACCCAGUGAACAUCAUGUUAAACAGCCUGACAACCUGUCAGUCAUCAGACAAACCUACAAACAGGAAACAGGAAAUCAAGCUAAUACACCUGUUAAAUGGCCCGUACACAGUGAAUUAGUCUCCUGACAGUCAGACGAUUAGCCAGCAAGCUAACAGUGUAGUAACCAUGUCAGGUUUUAGAUUAUUACGCCGACAGCAAUUCUCAGAAUUAUCCAACAACCAAAUGUUUCUGUAAAUUAGCCUUCCAGCAGGCUGCUAGUCAGACAGCUGACUUUAACUUGCCAGCAAUUAACAGGGAAGUAUCACUGGCCUUUGAAGCUCAUUCUACGGUUUAAAGCAGCCGACCGUCGUCCUCUGACUCCAGACAGUCUGCUAAUCAGCCUCACAGCAGGCUGCUAACAAGUCCACAAGUAAUCUACGUAAUUUAACACCAACUAGCGACUAUCUUAGCCUACUAACACCUGACUUACUCGUCUUCCAGGAGUCUGUAAAUCCGCUUGCUAGCAUCCUAAAGCAACCCACAACUUUUCGAUUAGCUAAUACUUCAAGAAAUGAAAUGGGAACACUCCAGCUGACACACACGUUUUCUUUCCGCUUCUCGUGUGUGUGUGUUUGUUACAGAUGUUAGCAGAUGUCUCCUGUGUUUUCAUGUGUGUUAUUGUCCUGAUGGCAGCAGGAGAGGUCAGAGGUCGGGAGAAGCUCAGAUAGCUUCCAUGUUUUCUUGUGGUUUACACUUUGUGGCUUGGAUUCAAAGCUCUGUUCAGGACAAACCGUUGUCAGUUAAAGGUUGUAGGUGUCAGGUGUUUACCUGGCGAUGAUGUCACAGACGGACGGGUUCAGACCGGUUCUUUCUUCGCUGUUCAGUCACUUUCAGUGAAAACUGUGGAGUCAGCGUGGUGACAGAUGCUGGCGGCAGCAGCAGCAGCAGACGAGCUUCUGACAUCAUAUUUGCUUAUGAAGCGUUCUCAGUGUGUUCAGAUUGUGUGAACACGACACGACACAGCUCUGAACAAACUCCAACAUCUCAGCUCCAGAGUGAUGAUGUUUAAUGAAACGUUCUUCACAGUAAAGCCACCGUCAGACCGAUCGAGGACAGGAGCCGUGUUUAAAAACCAUUUGUUUGGGCUCAUGAGCUAAAACCAGAUGACAGAUAAUGAUCAGAAUCCUCCUGGAUGAAUAAAGGCUUUUCACACAGCUCCUGUCCUCGCUCGGCCUCAGAGUGCCUGAAGAACCUUUUCUUUCCUGAGAGCAGCUCAAAGCCUCCUGGAUUCACCGCAGGUGUGAAACACUGAGCACCUGGCCUCUGUCUUUGUCUUUGCAGAAAGAUGAGUUCAGAGAACUGCAGAUAAUGUCUGAUGUGCUUUUCUCCUUCAUCUUACGGGAGCUGGAUUUGGACAACAUGGAAAACCUUACAUCAGUAAAAUGAGCUGUGGAGUUUGUUUGGACUGAAAGCUCCUGUGGGCAGACGGACAGCCACCCAGUCCCUCUCUUAUCAACCCCAUAUGAAAAGAAAAAGGCACUAAAGGGGAAAAACUCAGGCGCUUAACCUCACACCUGUCCGCCUGCUGCACCACGACGCCUCCGCCAAACCUCCUCCGAUCGCCGACGUCCUCCUGCAUGAAUCCUGCAUCCAUGUCGGAGUUUAGCCCCAUGUUUAAAAGACGGCACUUGAGCGUGAAGUUCAUUGUUAACCUGGUACAUUUAGUUCCACUUCCUGUCAGCCCUCAGCCACAUCUCUUGAUCUUUGUCGGUGAAUUGAGUUUUGCUGGAUUGUAAUCACGUGACCUAAGGGUCAAAAGAUCAGCUGAUGAAGACCUUUUGAUGAGGUUGAAAGCUCUGUAAAAGUAAUAGUAAGUGCAUCAGACAAAACAGAAACUCAGUUGUUGAAUUGAAAUCUUGCGUCACCACCUGAGACCACAGCUGAAAUCUUUACCAUCAUAACUUUGACUUGUGUCGGUUUCUGCUGCUGCUGCCGCCUGAUGAACUGCUGCUGACGAGACCUCGAUGUCUGAAUCCUGUCCCACGUAAAAACUCCCAAAUUAGGAGAAGACCAAAGUGGACAAGGAUCUGUUAUCAAUCAUUUAUUACACGUUUAUGUGCUGCUUAUAAAAACUAAAUUGGGAUAUUGAUUUAUGACCUCCUGACCUUGUUACCAUCAGGACAAAACUUCCACUUGUCAGUUCUCAGAUAAACACAAGAAAUUAUUCCAUGAACUUGUGGAGAUGCCAGCUCAGGCUCCAACACCUGGACUGUGUUCUUGUUCAUUAUGAAAUCAUCUGAGGAUUAUGAUGAAGAAAAAAAAGAUCACGUGCUGUUCAACGUUUAUUUCAGCGUGACUGAGCGACAGCGCUGUGCCGUCAUUUGAGAGAAACCUGAAAUAAAACUGGUUCUUGUGUGGAAAAGAAAACGAACGACAUUAGUCCAGUCUUGUAUCCGUGACGUGAUUGUUGAUGUGUCUGUUUUUGUCAUCCUUGUGUCAGACUUCAGUUUUACAUGCACUAAACUUAUUCUUCUGUUUUCUGUCGGUGAGUCAGCUCAGGAUUAGCAGGUUGACUGUGAGUGCAGAAAAAGCCAGAACAGAUGAGUUUAAGAGUGGGAGGUGUUUGUACUUCUGGCUGUCGGUGCGUUGAGAUUUGGGGCCUUCAGGUGAACUGGAGGUCCCUGCUUCCAUGUCCAGGUGACCUUUAUUUAACCUUAAUUUUCCCUCCUCCUCCUAUGGUGAACACAAGCUGCAUUAGUUAACUUUUGGCUGUACGCUCUGUUGCUUUUAGGGUUUUAUUUUUUCAUUUGCUGUCAAUCCAGUGUUUUGGGUUUCAGGAUGAAUCACAUCCAGCAGCAGCAGCGUUACAUUCCCAUCGAGAACUUCUGUUUCAGCCUCCCUCUUCAUCGUCCGCCCUCUUGUUUUAGUCUCUGAUUCUUUGUUUUCUCUGGUUGCGUCCAGCUGAAGCUGCCUAUAGCUAACAGACUGUAGACUGAACACUGUAUCUGCUGGUGAGAUUUUACAUGACUCUGUAACUAUUAACUUUUUAUUUUGUUGACUUUGUGUUAAACUAAUUGGUCGGCCCGGCCUGUUUCUGAUGUACACACGCUGUAGAGAGAUGGACCUGCUGACACACCGCAGGAAGGUCCAGCUUUGAAUACAAAUACUGUGAUGAUGGAGCCUGAUGUGAGUGUGGACAUGCAGUCAACAUUUGUUUUGAUGAAUAAAAAGGCCAAGUGGAAACUGAA